AUGGGUCAAAAGAAAUACAAGAAUCAUGGGAAAACCUCCCAGGCAACGGAGAUAUCUAUCUUUAAUUUGUCAAAAAAGACUUUGGACCAUAACCACCUCUCUGUGUUACAAAAAGGACUUAAAUUUAUACCUGUCGCCAAACCUAAGAAAUUUGAGAUGGCUAUUGACUUGUAUAAAUUGCAAAGAACGUUGUAUAGCAACGAAGUAAGAAAGGAGGAGACUUCCACUAAUGUACAUGUGUUUCCAAGUCGAAAUAAGGACAUACAUACACCUAAUCCUUCAAUUAAGACGUUUAUGCAAAUUCUACGCCACGAAGUAAACUCCAUGAUGUCUGCACAACCUUUUCAUAGGGACAACCUGUCCAAGGAUGAACAUAUAGCUUUAAGGGACCUCAUGAAAGACCCUAUUAUAAUAAUACAACCAGCUGACAAAGGUGGUGCAGUUGUUAUACAAACAUAUGAGGACUAUAAAAACGAAAUUACUCGACAGCUAAAUGAUGAAUCCACUUAUCUCAAACUUACUUUUGACCCAGUCAGUAAGUUUCAAAAGAAAAUUGAAAAACUAAUUGAGGAAGGGCUGUCACAUCGCUAUUUAGAUGAAAACACUGCUAAGUUUCUAUUUGUGAAGCAUCCAAAACAUCCAGUUAAAUACAACUUACCAAAAAUUCAUAAAAAUUUGGAACAUCCACCAGGUCGACCAAUAGUGUCUGCGAAAGAAGGACUGAUUGAGCCUAUUGCUCAGUUUAUUGAUUAUAAUAUCAAUAAGAGCAUCAGAAAACUCCCUACGUGUUUAAGGGACACACAACACUUUAUUGAUAAAAUACGAAAUAUAGAUCUUACGGAUUUUGGCAACAUUGGAUAUUCAAAGCCUUUACACAAUAAUACCUCGGAAAGAAGGCAUUGA